GGCCUGUGUUUGUAAAUAGCGAAAUGGGUCUAUGCGCCUUCACUAAUCGCAGCAACUGUCUUCUCCGUUCUGUAGCGUUGUACUUUUAUUCUUUGCCAAUUUUUUUUAUUUGCUUUGAAUCGUUUCAGCGUUAUGGUGGGAACUCUGGACGAAUACUACAUCCGGCCCUACUACCACGCCGUGUGCUACUUCGGCGGCUGCAUGACGUACCUCGUCUUAGAAGACUUCAAGGAGAGGAAGAUAUCCAAGCGGUUCCAGCAGGUCUGCUGGUACGGGUCUGUGGCCUGCUGUCUGUUCUGCGUAUUUGUGAAGUUCGCCUGGUACAGAAGCCCGAAUCCUGUGUCAAUGGGCGUGGCACUCCUUGCGGCAUUCUUGGACCGCAUCCUCUGGACGCUCUUCCUUGUAUGGAUCACGCUGGCGUGUUCCACGGGGCGAGGCGUCGCUGUGGUGGACUCAGGGAUGCACUUGGAUACGCGCUACAGCCCGUAUGGUUGGCAGCAGUUCCUUCGCCGUGACAUCAUGCGGUCUCUUGUAUACUCCAAGGUGGCCCGUCUCGAUUAA